UGUUAUUCAAAAUUGACAUUUGACGAUUGUCGAGUUCUAACCCUAUUUUUUAAAUCUUCCCGACGGAAAAUUAAUAUUAAGAUUAUGAAAUUCUCAAUUAUCAUUCUUGAAUAGUUCGAAGUUUUUAUUUAAUUUUGUGUUUUUUUUUUAAACAAUUUGUGUUCAAGUGGGUGAAAUUAUGUAUUUGAGUAAAACGGCACACAAAAAUGAGUACUAAAAAGUCACUAAAACAAAAAUGUGGAUCCAGCCACAAAAAAAUUACCCCAAAAAAAGAAAAAUUGAAACCAAGGAAUGAUGUACUUGUUUUACCACCAGACCUUUUGGAAAAAUUGGGUAUUAAUUUGGAAAAUAUUAAAUCACCCCAACAAUCGUCAGAAAAAAAUGCAGAUGUCUGCAGUAAUUUGGAGCAGUUUCAUACAAUGCCAGAACCACCUGAAUUGUGUCCAGGAAAAACCUAUAGUCAUAAUGAGGAAAACAAUUCAUCUAUUUUAGAAACAGCUAACUUGAUGAAAGCAUCUGUAUUUCUUAGCCCAACAUUUAGUUCAAUGAAACCAAAUCUUUUGUUAGAUACAAACGAAACAUGUAUUGAAGAAAUUAUUGCGAAAUCUGCUGAUAAUGUUGAGGAUGUAGGACAAAACGAGUUAUUUAAUUACACAGAUGAAUUAAAAGCUGAUAUUUUGAAAACCUCAAAUAUACACACAAAUAAUGAUAGUGGUUAUAAAUAUGAGUUGAAAUCAAAUAAUAUGCAGCUUACUGAUAAAGGUAUGGAUAGUGUGGAGCUUGUAGAAGCAACUGGAAAAGAUAUGAAAAAUAAGCAGAUGGUUCCUAAACAAAGUUGUACAAAUAAUAAAGCAAACAUACUAUCACCAGAGAAAGUAGUAUUUGAAAGUAUAUUAAAAAUUGAUUCUAUUUCUGAUUUUUGUUCUGAAAGAAAUACAGUUAAAAUAAAUGAAACACACAACAUUUCGAAAUUAAGUGAUGCUAAAAAUGAAUUGAUUCAUAUUGGAGAAAUGGUAUUAGAUAAUAAUUUAAAACAAAAUUUUUUACACAAUGAAAAUGAAAAUUUAAGCAAAAAUAAAAAAGUUAAAUCGAAAAGCCCCAUAAUUGAUGCAGAAUCUGAUGAUGAAAAUGGGUCACAAGAAUAUCCAAAACUUCAAUCUAUAACAAAUGGCAAUGUCAGUUUUCCGGCUACCUUAGAAGAGUACAAACUGAGUGCCAUGAGUGAAAUACAAAAUGAUACUUAUGACUCAUAUGAAGAAUUAAACGAAGCAGGGCAUGCAAAUUAUAAUUCGGAAAACAGUAUAGUUCUAAACAAUAUUAGUUCCGUAAAUAACCUUGAUAACUCUGAUUUAAGUAAAGACAAAGGUCAAGAUAAACAAAAGAGUAUCAAUAAUACUAAUACUACAAGUAAUUCUAAAUUAUGUAUUCAAGGUGUUGAAAAACCAGGUGGCGAAACUCAUAAAAGUAUUAAUCUAAAUGGAGAUAUAAAAACUUACUCUAAACUCAAGACUUCAAAAUUGUCUAAUAUUGCUUGUGGUAUAUCUUAUUUAGAAUAUAAUGUAAAUAAUGAUAUAGAUUAUAAAAUGAAUGAUAAAAAUAUAAAUGACGGCAAUAAUACUUUGUGUAAUUUUUGUUUAUGUGAGGAUUUCGGUACUCUUAAUAGUUAUGAUAAUGAUGAUGUCGAUUAUUAUGAACAUAUUCAUUUUUGGGAACGAUUAGAAAACCAAUGUUCAAUAGACACGUUAUUAAGUAUAUAUGAUGAUAAUGUUGAACAUACAUAUAAAAAAGUUAGUAGUAAAGUGGAAGAAAUCGAUGAAAAAUGCGAGUUAAACAGACCCCAUGAUCCUGUGAUGGGCAUAUGUUGGAGUUAUAUUGGAAAUAUUUGUGAACAGAUAAAUCAAGAAAUUCUAGAAGAAUUGCAAAUGAACAAUAAUGUAGAUAACAAGAAACAAUGCCAUGAUGAUGAGAAUAUGUUAAAAAAUAGUAAAAGAAAACGUUCUGAUAAAACAUCAGAAAGUGAAUCGGACAAUGAAAAGUCCAAAGCAAAAAAAGCAAAUAUAGCUGUUAAAUGUGGUGUCUGUAAAUGUAAGAUCUCAGCAAAUGAUUGGGAUAAUCAUUUAUCAGAGGAGCAUUGUUUCAUAGCAUGGAGUGAAGGACAAGAAUUUGACUGGGAAAACAAAGAUUUAUUUACAAAAUUAAAUGAACGUUUAAAAUCUACUGAUAAGUUAACAUGUACAUUUUGCAAAUCAAGUUUACUUGAUGUUAAAAAAUUUAUAGAUCAUGUUUGGAAAUGUAAAGAACAAAAGUAUCCGGGAAAAAAUACUAUUGUUACAGAAUGUCCCGUUGUUGGAGUAGAAUUGGAGAAUACUCCGAAAACAGAAGUUCCAACAUUACAAUCUGACAAAAAGCCGGUGCGAAAUUCGAAAAAACGAAAAAGAAUAAAACAAAAUAAUGAAAAACACGUAGCAGUAGACAAGUCAUUAGCACCUGAAUCUGAGUUACAAAAUAAGAAAAAUAAAAAUAAAAUAUUCAAAGAAAAAGAACAAGACACAGAAACACAAAAGCAUGUAUCCAACACGCCUUUGUUAGAUAUGAAAACCAGACAAAUAAAUAUAAGUCAAGAAAUAUUAGGGUCAAAAACAGAACUUAAUCAAAUUACGGAAGUGUCUACUCUGGCAGUAUUACGGAAAAAUAAAGACAAAAAUAAAAAACAAGAAUUGCCAUUAGUACAAUCACAUACUGUAAAAAAGCGGGCACCUGAGACAAAAACUGAGAAAAAACGAAAUAUAGAAGAAGAAAUUCAGUUAGAAACUGCACCACAAGUGUCAACAGUUGUAAAACAUGAGUCAAAUUUAUCUGUAGCUGAAGUAGAAAACGAAUUUCAAAAAGUCACUUGUGGUGUAUGUAAAGAAAUUGUCUGUGAAAGCUCCUGGGUACAACAUAUAACCGACAAACACGAUUACUUAGCUUGGAAAGAUGGAGAACCACCAUUGGAUUAUGAAAACGAAAAUGAAGUUCGGAAUCACCUAAAUUUUAUUAUAAAAGAAGUUGGUGAAUUGGUUUGCAAAGGAUGUGGUACAAAGCGCAAAUUCGCAAAAUCUUACCAAAAACACAUUAAAAAUUGUGAAAGUAUGGAAGAUUUAGCAGAUGACCAACCACUUGUUGUCAGAACGGAAAAAGUAACCAAGGUUAAAAAAGAAAAAAAUAAACAAGAAAAAAUUGAAGAUUUGGUUAAAUGUGGUGUAUGUAAACUAGAAAUGAAAGAAAUUGAUUGGUCUACACACAUAUUCAAAGAACAUGAUUAUAUUGCCUGGAAGGAAGGUGAACCUGAAAUAGAUGUUAACAAUAGCCAACAAGUAUAUGACCACUUGUUCAGUAUAAAGCCUUUGUCUGGAUUGAUCUGUGGAAAAUGCGGAUCAAACCGCAGAUAUGUAAAAAGUUAUUUGAAACACAUAGAGACAUGUAGCGGUAGUUCUGAAGUACUCGAAACUUCCUGCGAUGACAACGCUGUAGAUUCACUUAUUUUGAAUUUGAGUAACGGCGAGGACGCGAAAUGUGGAGUUUGCAAAAUGGACGUCGAAGGAAAGAAUUGGUUUAAUCAUGUGCAUCUGAGUCACGCCUAUUUAGCUUGGAAAGAAGGAAAACGACCUUUGGAUGUGAGUAAUGAAGAGGAAGUGUACAAUUACUUAUAUAUAAUAAGCAAACAAUAUAACGGAUUGACAUGCAACAAAUGUGGUCUCAACAGGAAAUAUGUAAAAGCUUAUUUAACACAUUUGGAAGAUUGCAAUUCCGAAUUAUUUGAAUCCUCGAUGAUUGUUGAUAGAGGUUCCGACAAAGAUUCAUAUGAAUGUGCUAUAUGUGCGGAAAAAGUGGAUGUAAAUAAUUGGAACAGGCAUGCUAUGAAAGUGCAUUAUAAUUUAGCUUGGUUUGUUGGCGACUAUCCUAUAGAUGUAAAAAAACCAAGUGUAAUUGAGAAACAGCUUAAGGCAUUAAAAAAAGAAUAUGGCAAAUUGAAAUGUAACAACUGCGGUGAUACUAGAGCCUCGCCUAUGGGUUUCUUUGCCCACAUCAUACAGUGUGGGAAAACUGAGGAGGAGACAGAUGAAUAUAAAACUUACUGUGAACUAUGCAACAAUAAAUAUCUGACCAUUUAUAAAAGUCAGCACACAAUAAUGCAUAACAGGGAACUAGUAUCAAAAGAGAGACGCUUAAAACAAGAAACAGAGGAAAAGGAAUCGGUUGAUUCCCCUAAAACUGAACAACUUUCUGAGCGAAGACGAGCUGCUGAAAAGGCCCGACAAUUUAUUGAGAAAUCUGAAAAGUUCGAAUAUAACUGCCCCAAGUGUGGCUACGGUGCCGACGACCAGCCAGAGUUAGAUGAACACAAGUGUUCUAAAGUGAAGUACAAGGAAUAUGUCGAUUCUGAAGACUCAGCGGAUAUGUCAUCAUCGGAUGAGUCAUUGGACAGCUUCGUCGAUUCAAACUUGUCGGACGAAGAAGGCUAUUCAGACCGGGUGAGAAGGAGACACGAUGUAUCAAGUGCUUUAGCAACAAAAGUAACGAGGAUACCGUUUACUGUGAAAUGUGCAAAAUCCUUUGUAAAACAGAGCGCGGACGAUUAUUGCAAAACUUUUUUGACAAGUGAAACACUGUAUCCUCAGUGGCGAAGUUGCCCAGUAGAACUGAUUGCAGCAAAUAAAUCAGAUACUUACAUGCCGCCUCUGAAGGAGUCGUGUCAAGUGAUACUUCAUAGAUCAGAUCCUGUCACAUAUACACUGUUCGAAGCCAAAAGACAUAAAGGUUGCUCAGUAUUUGUUGGUGGAUGCAUACAAUGCAUAUCAUGGGCUCCCCCGCAUGUGGAUGACAGUGAGGACGAUUUUGGCCACUUCUUGGCCGUAGCAUUACACAAUGAUGUCGAUAUCCCCCGUUUCGAUUUCACCAAGGCCUACGAGCAUUCUGGAUUGCUGCAAAUAUGGGACUUUGGAAAUCUAUCAACUAUGUUACCGGAAUUUGCCUUAGGGAUUGCUCACGAUUACGGAACUGUUUGGGCGAUCGAUUGGUGUCCUUCUGGGGCACGGGAUAACUUAGUUACUCCAGACCUGGAUGAUAAGCCGGAAUCGCCUGCAGAGACGUUCCUAAGACUCGGCCUUUUGGCUAUAGCAUGUUCAAAUGGUUCUGCUUAUAUCUUAUCUGUACCUUACCCUUCGUCUAUCAAAACAAGUGAAAGCAGUAUAUAUAGGCUGACUCCAGUCGCGGAACUUAGGUUAACCAGAGGAAAGCGAGAUAAUGUCCAAGCGACUUCUAUUAGUUGGUCAGUGAAAAAAGGCCACGAAAUUGUUGUAGUGGGCUACUCAGAUGGGACAGUUGCUUCUUACAACUUGGCAUGCGAUUCCCCUCUCUUGACGGAGACUGAAGACGGAGUCAAUAUAUUCUAUCCGUUUCAGGACGAUAGACCACAUAGUUCUAGUAUAACAGAUGUUAAAACGUUCCCGAGUGUCGUGGGUGCCGGGUUAGUGAGCAGCGUGUCGCCGACGGGCAGCGAGGCCGCCCAGCAGCGGGGCUCGGCGGGAGUGUACCGACACAUUUCGUCAACGUCCGCUAUCUUCGCGCCGCACUGGCCUUCGGUUCUGCUUUCAGGAAAUGAACUCAUAGUGAAUCAAACAGUGAACGAGCUAGAUUUGUGGGGGCUCGGACGUCGCACGGGCGCGGUGCAGAAGUGCUGCGGCUGCCGGCACUGCGGACACGUGGCCACGUUCGUGCCGCCCGUCAUGAAGAUGCUCACCACACAUCCGGCAUACUUGGACUUCCAGAAAGAGCCAAUAGCCGUUAUUGACAUGACUCCUCUGCGUCAGAAGCGAUCUAGGGAGAAAAUCGACAAUCUCCAAUUGAAGUUGGAACCUUUUACGUAUCAAGACGUUGUGGCAUCGUAUGCGUUAGACUUCAAGAUCAUGAGGGACCUUGACAAGAAAACAAGCAGAUACAUCAAUAGACCCCGGACGCAAUAUCCAGAAAGAUUUCCCCUCAGCGACGUCCCAUCUAUGGCUUUCUACCCAUCACAACAUCACCAUAGAAAACUAGCAGUAGCCACACACGCCGGGAUUAUAUUUAUUCUUAGUGACGAGAUUGCUUUAUGAAACUUAUCCAUCAAAAUUGGACAUGUUUCCGGCUUAAUAUCAGCGGAUACAAGUUGUCAGAUAGCGACGCAGACACAAUAACCUCAGAAUAUUAAAUAUUCAUAGAGGGUAGUUAGAUAUCCCUCGUAGAGGUUUUUUUACCUGUAUUAAAGUUAUUAUUAUAAUACAUUUAAGCUAUCGUGAUAUGCUAUUAUUAAUUUGUUAGGUGGGCUUUUUAGUUUUGUAACAAAAUGUAUAUUGGUUUGUUAUACUACUAAUAAUAGUUCUUGGUUUUUCCUUUAUCCUUAGAAUUGGUAAGGUAAUUUAUGUUAUUGAUGAAAAUUAUGGGUUAAAGUUAGUUUUCCACAAACUUGAUGUUUAAUAGAAAACCACUAUAAUAAUUGAGUCUCAAUAGCUACUCAACACUGAGAGGUCCUGUUAUUUAAAAAAAAACUUAUCUGAACAUGCCGAUUUCAAUAGAUAGUAGCAUAAUAAUAAUGAAACACAUGUGGAAGUCCUUUUUUGUAAAAUACUGUAAAGAAAAAAAAAACGACCAUGUAUUUACAAAAAAAAUUGUAUACUUUGUAUAUUUUGAGAAUUUUGAAUUUUCAGGAUUAAGGUGAAUUUUAGGGUUGGGAGGGUUGCUCGGGGAUAGCCAACUUGCAUAUGGUAUACCAAAGAAACAUUUUAAAAAUUUUAAUUUAAAAAUUUUCAUUAUUCUUAUCAGUUAGUAAUAGUCUUCAUAUAAGUAGGUAUAUUUAAGGGGGUAUUUUUAAGGGGGUUUUUACUUUCAGACGCUGUCCAAGUAUUUAUUUAUACUAAUUUUAAUGUAUUCCAAUAUUUUCAAGUUUUUAAGAAAAAGAAGAGCUAAUUAAAGAAAAAUAUUGUCUGUUUAUAUUUAUAUCCAAAAUGUUACUCAUAAAACAUGAGAUACCCAUUUCUAAAAAUUUGAUAAAAAAAAUGUAAGUGUAUCAGCUUUUGUCAUAAAAAUAAGUAAUAUCGCUUCAACCAAUUUUUAUUCAAAAAAAUAUAGAAUAUUUUUUUUUAAGUCUGUGUUGUAAGUUGUGUAAUAUAUAAAGAUCUAACCACACAAAUGAGGUAAAUUGGCGGAAAAAAUAUAGUGCAGUUUUUAGGAAAUUAUCCAAACCUUUCCGUUGUAAAGACCUUUCGAAUCUUCAUUGUUCCAGAGUACGAUAAGACGAACGUUCAGUCUAUUUGACUGUUUUAUUGUUAAUAUUUUUUUUGGGAUUUGGUGUAGAUUAAUUAUGGUUUGAUCAAUAUAAUAAUAUGUAUUUUGUAUUUAUUAUUUUUGUUAAAAAGAAAUAUUACGCUGAUGUCAUCUUAAAUUGACUCGAAUUGGGAAAAGAACGCAGAUUUUCUGGCUUCGAAAUAAUGUAGAUAUGCAAAAAUGUGCUACAUAUUUUUUCAAUAAUAAAUAUUUAAAAGGUUUAUGACGGACUUUAUUCUUAUUUAUAAGUAGCAUCUGUAGUUAUUUAGGGUCAUUGUACGUAUGUAUAUUAGAUAUGUUAUGAAUAUAUUUAUUUUAUUUUAGAAUUUAAACUAUCGUGAGUGUUAUUCAUAUUAAUUGAUUAUGAAACACGGCUAAAACUCACGUAAUAUUACGUCGGAGUAUAUCACGUGAGUUUUAGCCGUGUUUCAUAAUCAAUUAAUAUAUUUAUUCUUUUAAUUGAUCACGCCUUGUUUUUCAAGAUUGAUUCUUAAUGUUGAGGUAGAUAGUGUAACUAUACCUACCAUGAUUUUACUUUGUAUAUUUUGAAUGUCAACAGUGUAAAUAACAUAAUUUUCUGUACAUUGAUACUUUUAGAAAAUAAUUUACUUUUAGAAAAUAAUGUAAAGUAAUGUUUAUUUUCUUAUGUGUAUAAACACUAAUCUCGGCGGAGAUUGUCACAGAAAAAAAAAUACUUUUACAGAAAGAUUUUUCAGUAACCGAAAUCAGUAUUGGUCGGCAAUUAUAAGUAAUAGUUGAUUUAUAAUAAGUGCUUGAAAAAGAAUAUUUUUUUCCUAUUAAAAUAAUUUUCUUUGCGUUCUCAAAUAAGUACGUAUUUUUUUUACAAAAUAUACGUUUAAAAUUACGUAUACGUUAAAACUGUGUCAUUAUUAUUAUUAUUAUACGCUAGCGCGAGUGAUAUGAUCAAUAUAAGACGGGCAACCCUCUUUAAAAUAAUGAGUCAAUUUUUUUUUUAGGAGCUUGUAUAAUUACGAUACUAAUACAAUAAUCGUCAUAUUACAUGCAAAUUGUCAAAUAUAUUAUAUACUGUACAUCUUUGGACAAAAAAAUUUAAAUUUAUAAAAACUUAGAUUUCUAAAAACCCUAAAUUUCGGUCGAUUGUUUUUAUACGGCUUCACCAAUAUCGUUAUCUUACUGAAUCCUGACAUGCGUCAGCUUUAGUUAUCUUGUGCCAUUUCCGAAUUUUUGUAAUAAGAUUUAUCUUGACCUUGUCACAAUUUUUUGCCAUGAUUUUGUUUUAUCUUUAUACCUCUACUAUUCAAUAUAAAUAGAAAAUUUUUCAUUCUUAUAACGAAUAUACAGAAAAUCAAGGUUAUAGUUUUGGGGUAUUCCCAAUACUGAGGCUGAAUGUAUAUGUAUAAAUAUGUAGUUUUGUAUUUUGUUACUAAGCAUUACAAUUAGGUACAUGUAAAUUAAUUAUUUUUGCGAGACACCUUAACCACCUUCAUAGUAUGUAGCGUCUAUUAAACGAAGAAUUUGUACUAAAAAGUGACUGAAAAUGUCAUCUUGCAUUCAUUCAUAGACGAUAAGUAUCCAAGCAUGUGUUGAGAUGCCAGGUAAAAAUAAUUAAGAUAUAUCUAGUAAAAGUCUUUUUUUGUUACAUACUUACCUAUUAUUAAUUUUUUAAACAAGUUUGAAAUGUAUCUACUUGAUAUAUUGUUAUGUAUGUAUGUUAUGUUCGAUAUAGUUAGUUGUAGGCUUUAUUUAUUUAUAGUUUCUAAAAAAACCACAUAUAUCGGAUAUCAGUGAUAUUAUAUUAUUCAGUCGUAACUGUAAGAUAGUAAUACAAACAUGUUAUGCUUGUUGCCUAAUAAACUUUUUAAAAAUA